AAUAGGACGUAUGCCACAUUUUUUUGAUUUAGCGUUUUUAACAAAUAUUGUUUCAAUAGGUCUUAUUCCGUCUAAAUCUAACAUAUUUAAAAAAAAAAUUUAACUGAAAAUAUUUUUUCGCGCCUAUUCUAAUAUGUCGUACAAAAACCGGCCUAUUUUUAUUUUUCGAAUCUGUCGUAUACCACAGUCGUCCGCCUGAUUUCAUAAGGUGUGUGUUGACCGUUAGAGCGUGUUGAAUUACAAUAAUCAAAAACUGUGUUUAAAGUGUCUGUUUUUUUAAGAUGUCGAAGAUUUCUAGUAGGGUAGAAAAAAUCAUCACAAUGGCGUUAAAUGAAACAGCACAAUAUAACGCACGCAAUGAAACAGCAGCAGAUGAACCCAAUUUGAUCACUCCUGAAAUAAAUGUUAAUGAUAUGAUGUACCAUGUGCCUUACGAAUUUGAAGUCAUGAACGACGAGGAAAACAACUUUAUUCAAGAUCCCUUUGGUACUCAGGGUAUUAAUGUUGACUUGCUGUCCUCUGAAGUAAGAUAUGAAACUCUGUCAACAGUCAACUUAAACAUUUCCAGUGAAUUAUUAUCUGAAAGUAGUGUGGAUAAAACUUAUGAAUCCACACAAUAACAUGAAAAUUUAGAUGAGGUUGAAGAUGAUUCUGAUCCUGAGUUUAUACCUGAAAAAGAAGCUCAUCAUGCAAGAGGACGACUCGGAAUACUCAGAUGAAGAACAAAAUGAAAACAAUCCAGAUACGAGAACAGCUGAAAGUAGAAGGAAGAAAAAAGCCAAUAGUGAAUUAUGGGAUAAAAACGUUAACAAAAGAAAAAGAAUGAUGGGAGAAGAGUAUGUUGGAUACACAAGAUCUAAAGACGGGACGGUUAAACACGAUACUAAAAGAAACAAAAGAAUGCUCGGACCUAAAUGUGAUUCAGUUUUUUGUAAAAAAGCAGCAAAUCGUUUUUGCCUAAGACUGUCUGAAGAAAUACGACAAACUAUUUUUGAGAAAUUUUGGAGUAUGUCCUGGGAACAGAAAAGGUUAUAUGUUUUGCACAUGACCACCUACACUGAAAAAAAGAGAACCUAUACAAAAAAUCCAUCCAGGAGAAAGGGAACAUUUCAAUACUAUUUGCAAAUUGAAGACGGGAAACAUCAGGUGUGCAAGCAAACAUUUCUUGGUACGUUAGGUAUAAAAGAACGUAUGGUAAGGCACUGGGUCAAUGAAGGGUCUAUGUUUGGAACACAAAGUAGUCAAGACGACAAAAACAAAAAUAAGACUAAGAAGAAAGAUACGUCGGUACAUUCAGUAGAACAACAUAGAAAGCUGGAACAGUUGCGCCUAUUUCUAGAUAGUUUGCCUAAAAUUGAAAGCCACUACUGCCGUAAAAAGUCGAACAAAUUAUAUCUAGAGGAAGAUUUCAAAUCAAAAACCGACAUAUUUCAACUAUAUAAAAAUAAAUGUUUAGACGAAGAUGUACUACCCUUGUCAAUCAGUACUUUCCUAAAAGAGUUUGACGAAGGUAAUCUUGCACUAUUCAAGCCUAGAAAGGAUCAGUGCGAUUUAUGCUGUGGAUAUAAAAUGCAACAAAUUGAAGAAAUUAUCUACCGAAAUCAUAUUUUAGCAAAAGACCUUGCUCGCAAAGAAAAAGAUUUGGACAAGAAGAAAGCUCAAGACCAGGCUAUUUAUUGUUUUACAAUGGACGUGCAGGCCGUAAAAUUGUGUCCUCAAUUACAAGCAAGCUCAUUGUAUUACAAAACAAAAUUGCAGGUACACAAUUUUACCAUCUAUAACUUGUCAACUCAUGCAUGCAAAAAUUUUGUAUGGAAUGAAACAGAAGGAGAACUAUGUUGUUCAGUUUUUGUAACCUGCAUCAUUAAACAUCUGGUAUCAGCUUUGGAGAUGGACAAAAAACCUAUAGUUUUAUACUCGGACAGUUGUGUUUAUCAAAAUAAAAAUGUCAUUCUGUCAAAUUCAUUGUCCAUUCUUGCAACACAAUUUGAUAUUGAGAUUGAACAGAAGUUUCUUGAGAAGGGCCACACUCAAAUGGAGUGUGACUCUUCUCAUAGCCUUAUUGAGAGACGAUUGAAAGGAAAGGAUAUUUUUCUACCGACAGACUACAUAAAUAUUAUAAAAGAUGCCAGGAAAAAGCCAAUGCCUCUGGAAGUAGAAUAUUUGGACCAUUCGUACUUUCUUAAUUUUGAUAACCCGAACUUGAUGAGAUAUAAUUCAAUUCGUCCAGGAAAAUUAAACAGUCCGUUAAAGGUGGCGGACUUAAAAUGCCUAAAAUAUUUACCUUCUGGAGAUAUUUUGUAUAAAACUAACUACGACUCUCCUUAUGAAAUAUUACCACAACGACAAAAAACAAUUAUUCUGGAUGAAUACUUACCCAAGCCACUAUACAGCAAAAGGUUAGAAAUUUCAAAGAAAAAAUGGCUUGACCUACAACAGCUAAAAAAAGUUAUUCCAAAAGAUACACAUUACUUUUAUGACCUAAUAAAAUAUUACGAAAAGACAGAAGAAUCAAACAAGAAAGCAAAAAAAACCGAUAUACAGCUAUCGCUUAAUAAUAAAAAUACCAUCCUAACAACGUCUGAAACUAAAAAACAACAAAAUAUAAAACAUCAAAAAAAAGCUAUAACAAAGAAUGAUACAAAUAAAACUGUGAAAAAGAAAACAAAAAUAAAUAAGAAGAACACGAAUUAGUGUCCUGUUUUGCAAAUAUUUACAUCAUUCAAAAUUAUUAUGAAUUUUUUUAUUCAAACAAAUAUAUUAUAAGUUUUGUAAUUUCCAAUUUUUGAUUUAAAAAAGUUAUGUUAUAAUUAUAAAAAAUAAAAUAAAGUAUUAAAAUAUUUUAAAUAUAAUCAUUGUGUAAUUUGUCUUAACCCACAACAAUUUAUGAUGCUAAUAUGACACUAAGAAAAAUAUGUCGUAUCCAAUAAAGCUACAAUACGACGUAACCCACUUAUUAUCGUCAUUUAUUAAAAUAAGUACUAAAAAUGUCCACGUAAUCAAAAAACAUAUUUUUUCAAAAACAUUGUUGUUAAAAAACCUAACCUCUAUAGAAUAUUUAAAAAACU